AUGGACCUGCUGAGGGCGGUGCUCCAGCCCAGCUUCAACGAUGACAUCAUGGCCGUCUUCAGGAAGUACCAGCAGUUCCUUGACAAGGCAGCAGAGAACGUGAAGGAGAACGUGGGGGAAGACGUCCAGACGGACCUCCUGAUCACAGACACCUGCAGGAACCUGCUGGAGCAGGCCAAGCAGAUGUUCCCUGAAGCAGAGACCAAGUUGGCCCGUCCUGGGGUGGAGGCCAGCAUGAAGAGAUCCAGACAGACUGACGACGACUCCACACACAGAGGGAGCCCUGUUCCUAAGAAGAGGAAAGGUCGCCCCACUGCCCCGGCAGCAGCCUUUGACCGACCUUUGACCUACACUGCACCAUCUAAACCCAAAUCUUCGGAGCCAGUCAGAAGAGAAGGACCCAAGUAUGCUGCGGAUGCUCAGGAUAAACACUGGCUGGCAGAGAGACAACACAUGAGAGCUACUGGAGGGAAGAUGGCAUACCUGCUGAUCGAAGAGGACAUCCAGGACCUGUCUCGCAGCGACGACUAUAAGGAGUGUCCAGACUUGAGGAUGGAUGAGCUGAAGCCGUUCUCCGUUCCUAUCUGGAUGGUGGAGAAGAUGCAGCGAGCCAUGGAGGCCCAGCGCUCUGAGGCCCUCUGA